CGGGGGAGGCCGCCGCCGCCGCGGGGCAGGGCCGACCGCUGCGCUGCUCUCUCGCCGCCGCCGCUGCCAUGGCCGAGGACCCCAGCGCGCUGCCCUGGUCCAUCGACAGGGAUGACUACGAGCUGCAGGAGGUCAUCGGGAGCGGAGCAACUGCUGUGGUGCAAGCUGCCUAUUGUAUCCCGAAAAAGGAGAAGGUGGCAAUUAAACGAAUCAACCUUGAGAAAUGUCAGACCAGCAUGGAUGAGCUUCUGAAAGAAAUUCAAGCCAUGAGCCAGUGCCAUCACCCGAAUAUUGUAUCUUACUAUACAUCGUUUGUGGUGAAAGAUGAGCUCUGGCUGGUGAUGAAGUUACUUAGUGGAGGGUCUGUCUUGGAUAUUAUAAAGCACAUUGUGGCAAAAGGAGAGCACAAGAAUGGAGUCCUGGAUGAACCCUGUAUCGCUACGAUCCUUAGGGAGGUGCUGGAGGGGCUGGAAUACCUGCAUAAGAACGGACAAAUCCAUAGGGAUGUGAAAGCAGGAAAUAUUCUUCUUGGAGAAGAUGGCUCGGUGCAGAUUGCAGACUUUGGUGUUAGCGCAUUCUUAGCCACUGGUGGUGAUAUUACCAGAAAUAAAGUGAGAAAAACCUUUGUGGGCACGCCUUGUUGGAUGGCGCCAGAAGUCAUGGAACAGGUCAGAGGUUACGAUUUCAAGGCCGACAUCUGGAGUUUUGGAAUCACUGCUAUCGAGCUAGCUACGGGGGCCGCUCCGUAUCAUAAAUACCCACCAAUGAAGGUGUUAAUGCUGACACUACAGAACGAUCCCCCUUCUUUGGAGACUGGAGUGCAAGAUAAAGAAAUGCUGAAAAAGUAUGGGAAAUCGUUUAGGAAGAUGAUUUCCUCAUGCCUGCAGAAGGACCCGGAGAAAAGACCAACAGCUGCUGAACUUUUAAGACACAAAUUUUUCACGAAAGCAAAGAAUAAAGAAUUUCUACAAGAAAAGAUGCUGCAGAGAGCACCAACAAUUACUGAACGAUCCAAAAAGGUCCGGCGAGUCCCUGGUUCCAGCGGGCGGCUUCAUAAAACUGAGGAUGGCGGCUGGGAGUGGAGUGAUGAUGAACUAGAUGAAGAAAGUGAGGAAGGCAGAGCAGCAAUUUCACAGCUCAGGUCCCCCAGAGUGAAAGAAUCAUUACAGAAUUCUGAGCUGUUCCCAUCAGCCGAGCCCACCGGCCCUUUACUCCACGUUCCAGCACAGACCCCUGCUCAACUACCUCAGCCAGCAGGACAAGCACCUGCACAACCUUCUCAAGUUGCUGCCCCUCCACCUACUCAGGCUCCCACAGCAGCUCCAGCAGCGGGGCAGGUACCUCCUGCUCCUGCGCCUGCUCCUGCUCCUGCUCCAGCACAGGAGGAUAUAAAAGUCCCAAUCAGUCUUGUACUAAGGUUAAGAAAUUCAAAGAAAGAACUCAACGACAUUCGGUUUGAGUUUACCCCAGGGAGAGAUACUGCUGACGGUGUGUCCCAGGAACUCAUCUCGGCUGGUCUUGUGGAUGGCAGAGAUCUAGUCAUUGUUGCAGCUAAUUUGCAGAAAAUCGUGGAAGAGCCCCAGGCAAACAGAUCCGUCACUUUCAGACUGGCAUCUGGCGUCGAAGGCUCUGAUAUUCCUGAUGAUGGCAAACUUAUAGGAUUUGCACAGCUCAGCAUCAGCUAAAUUACAGCGCCAGGCAGUUUCCCUACUGAGAAUCCACAUGUGCAUAUUUCUAAUGCUUCUGUUGGCCUGAAAAAACAAACAAACCACUACUGCCAAAGAAUUGAACUGCAGCCCCCUUUCUAGGAGCUUUAACAGUUUUCCUAAACAGGAUCGCAAACCUUCCUGAAAUUACCAAUGCCGUUUACAGCUUUUGUAAACCACUCUUGUCCGUGUUUGAAUCUCCUUCAUCUCAGACGUGCAGAUCCAACACUUCAUUGCCUGCGUGUUCAUUUUAUUAUUGCCUUACUUUAAAGGAAAGAAAAAGAAAAUACUACUGAGUACGAAACAGGGGUUCCACUGCUCUAAUUAGCUAGCCUCCAUGUUUGCUGACAUGCAGUUUCAUGUGUGUCCUUUGCUAUCUUUGCACACGCUUAACACUGAAGGGACUUUUAAUGUUGCUGUUAGACCUGCUUCUCUUUGCAUUUGAAAUACCAGUGUAAAUGUUGGUUGGUCACUUGGGAUGCUAGAAAUCUGGCUUCUGGCCAGCUGUGGUGUUGCAGCCCAGCUGGUUUGAAUGCUGGUGCCUAAGAAAGUGAGCCAAGCCUUAACUGUAAGAGGGCUAACAUAUUUCCUUUUUUUUAAUCGCACUGUUGAGGUUCCUUGAAAUCAGUGUCCUAGGAGCAAACAUCAGUUCUUCUGCCCCUUUGUAAACUGCUGAUAGCCUUAAUUUUUCUUUCUUUGGUUUGUUCCACGUUAGCGUCACAUAUGGCAUGGGGCAGAUCACCUUAAUUUCUCACAUGCUGGUUCUCGCUCAGUGGGUGUCCUUGGACUACAUAUGAGGCUGUAGAAUCCUUCUUAAAUCAGAGCUGCAAGGCAGCGCUCUCCACAGGCUGUUCUUGCAGGUGAUCAAUAAUACCAAAACGUGACAGGGGAAAAGAAAAUCCAUACCACUCAGCAUUUGGAAAGCAUGCGUGUUGAAUUUUAUUCUUUAAAACAUAAUACCUUUUGCUUGAUGAUGAGAAUCCUCCAUGCACUUCCAUGUUCUUUGCAAACAGGUACAUGUGGAACUAUCCUUGUUCUGGUUUUUACAGCAAUAAAAACUGCCAGUAGAAUAGUACUAGGCAAGCAAUCUCUGGACCUUGCGUCCCUCCUGCACUAAUUGCUUGGGUUUUCAGAUCACUUCUCAGUCCAAGCGGCCAAGUUUUGAUCAAGAUGUUGCUGAAACCACGUUAACUUGCAUUUAGGUUUUUCUUUGUAUGUGGUGUUUUGAAUUUGAAUUUCUACAUAAAUAAUAUAAAUUAUACUUUGAGUUUAAAAAGAGACACUUGUAAUGCAAUAUGUGAAUAAUAAAUGGUGUUGAUCUUUUUUUUUUCCCCCUUCCUACUGUUUCACAUUUGGCCUUUGUAUCUGCUCUUGGCUUCGAAGUGUUUUAUACAUUUAAACUGUAAGCCUGUAAUUUAACACAGAGCUAUGGAAAUGUAUUUCUCUUUCCAACCAUUGCAAACCAUACAGAAAUGAAGUGUUAAAAAUGGGACAACUGGGUUCAAUUAGGACUUUUUUUAUUUCCAAGUCUUCUACUGAACAAUAUAUAUUUAUAUAUUUUCUCUAUGAGCAGCUAUGGAAGCUUCUUAAAUUUUGCAUGGUGUUUUUUAUACUGCACUUGUUUCUUUAAUCUGUAGUUUAAAAUCGGAGAUCUCCCAACUGGCACUGCCAGUUAAGCACAACCCUGUUACUUCCUCAGUGCAAAGGGGAGGGCGUUGGCAUGGGGCGAGGGGAAGAGAGUGAGAGACCCCUUCCUUCCUCCCCCAUCAGCCUCCAGAUUCUGAGCUUGAGACCUAUCACCGGAGUGGAAAGCACACGGCACAGAUUUCCACAGAAUAACAGGUGGCUAGUUUGGGGCUCGAGUGUGCAUGUGUGUGCGUGUUACAAGUUUUGGCACUUUCGCCUUCUUUUGUGUGACACACAGCACCCGAAUGGCUUCUCUUUUAAGUACUUGUUGGCUUUGGACGAGCAGGCUGCAAACUACACUUCCGUGAAGCCCAGUGGGCACGAGCUACUCGGACUAUGGAGACCCAAUAGUCUUGGUACAGUAUUACUUUACUUAUGCCUGCAUGCCACGCAUACCUCAUUGUUCAUUUGUGCACUGGUGCUGAGAGAUGUAGGAGUCAAACUGCUCAAAUGAAACAAUGCAGUAUCUAUUUAUUAAAUGAAUCCUGCCCCACGUUGAUCUAAGAGUAGUACAGUGCACGAGUUCACACUGACCCCUCGGUCUCCUUUCCCCCCCUCUUUCUUUCUAAAUAAAUAAAAAAAAAAAAAGCAAUUCUAGUGUAUUUGAUAUUAGAUUGCUAGACUUAUUUCUUGGUAGUGAUCCAACAUUUUGCUUGGGAUGCUACAGUGCUAGAUUAUUUUGGUUUCUGAGGUAAAGUAAGUGCCAAUGCUGUUCAUUUAAAAAGAUUUUUUUUCCUAACGUCACAAAUGGAUUUAGGUUUUUUUGCUAAAUUCCAAACCUAGAAGCAGGCAAUAUUUUUUUUUUUUUAAUUUAGUUGAUACUCUAAGGAUAAUGCUCUAUUAAUGAAACAGGUUCCUCUUCAAAACUUUGGUGUAUUGUAGAUUAUAAUGAAAGAUGUAAAAUAUUCCGCCUUUUUUUUUCUUGAUUUGACUUUGUAUUUUACUGCAUGUAUCUCUAAUUUUUAAUCAAUAAAGAACAAAUUGUCCAUUGC